UCUUUAUGUUUCAUCAUCAAAACGACACACACUCUCUGUGUUAAACGUUUUAUUGGUUUUCACAUUAUCAAGCCUAGCUAGCUCUUAAGGCCAAGGGAGAUUCAUCUAUCCAAAAGUCUCCUCGAUCUCCAAGGCACAAUACUUUGGAUCUGUAAUAGCUGAAGCUAAUGGAGUUCUACCAGUAUGUCUUUGAGGCUAUGAAUAUGAAGAUGAUUAUUGUGAUUAGUGCGGUAAUGGUGCAAUGGUUCGGUGUCAUAGCCUGUCUUAAGUGGAUAUGGAAGAAUUGGAUCCUUAUUGUGGUGAUUGUGACAUGGAACGUAAUAGCCAGUCUUGGGUGGAUAUGGAAGAGUAGGUUCAGUUACAUGGUUGAAACCCCAGAGCCAAUAUCAGAGGAUAAUCAAGAACCAGUUGACGUCGAUGUCUCUGCAUCUCUUCCUUCAUCAUCAGCUGAAUUAACAGAUCCUACGUGGAAGCAUGAUGUGUUUUUGAGCUUCAGGGGUGUAGACACUCGUAAGAAUAUUACCUUCUUUUUAAACAAACGGCUGCUAGAAAGGGGAAUCAAAACAUUCAAGGAUGAACAAAACAUUGAAGUAGGGGAUGUUAUUUCUCCCACUCUCCUAACGGCAAUUGAAGAAUCAAGGUUGGCAAUUAUUGUUCUCUCUCAAAACUAUGCCUCUUCCUCUUGGUGUUUGGAGGAACUAGGACACAUUUGUAAAAGCAUGAAAGGAGACGAGUCAGACGACAAUAGAAUUCUGCCACUUUUUUAUAAUGUGCAUCCUAGUGAUGUACGACAUCAGACGAGCAGGUUCGGAGAUGCUUUCACUAAGCUUAAAAAAUCUGGGCGACACGAAUCAGCGAAGGUGAAGCAGUGGAUAGAUACUUUAACAAAAGUUGCACAAAUCUCCGGGUGGCAUUCACUGGAAUUUAAAAAUGACGGAGAACUUUUGAAUAACAUUGUGGAAGCUGUGUGCAAGAAAUUACCACCGACUGAAUCUGUGUUAAAAAUGUCCCUCGGAGAUUUUGAAGAAUUUGCAGCAACAAAAGAAGCCAUUCAUGAGGUCAUGAAGGCGCUAAAAGAUGGUGAGGCCACUACCAUUGGAGUCUACGGCAUGGGGGGCGUUGGAAAGACAACAAUGGUGAAACAUGUCGGUGUACAAGCCCAAGAAGAAAAGCUUUUUAAUAAAGUGAUUAUGGCUGUCGUAUCCCAAAAACCCGACUUGAAGGAAAUUCAACAGGAAUUUGCAGAAACGCUGGGCUUUGAACUCAAGAAGAAGACGGAAAGUGUAAGAGCCCGUGAAUUGAAGAAGAAAAUAAUGGAAGAAACCAGGAUCCUCAUAAUCUUGGAUGACAUUUGGAAGGGAAUAGACUUUUCAAGAAUUGGAAUUCCGAGCCACAACGAACUUCAAAAAUGCAAUUCCAAAGUCUUAUUGACCACCAGAAGAUUGAAAGUUUGUAGUAUCAUGGGGAGCCAUGCAAAAAUUCCUCUCAAAAUCUUAUCAGAAGCAGAUUCUUGGCGCUUAUUUGUGAGGGAAGCGGGGAUGUCUUCUGACAAAUCUCCCAAUUUCUAUGAUGUAGCGAGUGAGGUGGCAAGAGAAUGCGCCGGUCUACCUGUUGCUUUGAUAGCAGUUGCGAGGGCCCUUCGAGAUGAAGGUUUGGACAGAUGGAAAGAAGCUGCUCGACGACUAAAAUCUUCUCAACCUCCCAUCCGUGAAGAUGAGAAAGCUGUGUUCAAAUGCAUAAAGUUAAGCUAUGAUUUCUUGAAGGAUGAUGAAUUGAAAUCAUGCUUCUUGCUUUGCUGCUUGUUCCCAGAAGAUUAUGAUAUCCCAAUUGAAUACUUGGUCAUGUAUGGAAUUGGGAAAGGAAUGUUUCGAGAUUUAACCAUGCUACAAGCCCGAGAGUCAACAUAUUCAGUGGUGCAGGACCUUGAAGAUUCUAGCUUGCUUUUAGGCGGUAGAGAUGACGGAUGUGUAAGGAUGCAUGAUGUCAUUCGGGAUAUGGCAAUAUUAAUGACAUCAUUAUCUGAAGACGGCCAGCGGUUCUUGGUGAAAGUUGGCUGUGAAUUGACGAAUUGGCCAGAGAUUGAUGCACAUAAAGGCUACUCUGCAAUCUCACUAAUGAAGAACAAAAUUUGCGAGCUACCAGAAGAGUUGGUAUGUCCAAAUCUCCAGAUUUUAUCACUACGACAGAAUGCUAAUUUAAAUGAUAUCCCAAAAUCUUUUUUCCAAAGUAAGAAUGAAUUAAGAGUCUUGGAUCUUAGCAACACUCGUAUUUCAUCACUACCCCAAUCAAUCGUUUUCCUAACCAACCUUCAAGCUUUGUAUUUAGAUUAUUGCAGAAACAUAACGGACACUUCUGUAAUCGGAAAACUUAACAAGCUUGAGAUUCUUAGUAUGAGAGGAACUGCUCUGAAAAAAUUGUCAAGGGAAAUAGAACAACUGACCAAUCUAAGGAUGCUCGAUAUAAGUGCUGCAGCUUUAUCCUUGGGAGGAAGUAUUUGCACAAUUCCAUCUAAAGUGAUAUCAAAGUUGCAUAAAUUAGAAGAGCUGUACAUGCAAUAUGGAUUUUGGGACUGGGGGAGUAAAAUUGAUGGAAAAGGAGAAGAAACUAAUAUUGGCUUUGAUGAAUUAGCUAGUUUAUCAUAUUUAAGAAUUUUGAAAGUUUGCAUAUUAGAUGCAAAUUGCAUCCCUAAAAGUGUUAAGGUCGAACCGAAGUGGGUUUACUUUGAUAUUAGUAUUUGCAGCGGCAAGAGUGGACAGGGAAUCUAUAACAUCCUUCGAUCUGGUAAUAAUUAUAGAUCCUUGAGUCUUGAUGGUACUGACACAACCAUGGGAACCCUUCCGGACUGGUUUGUCAACGCUGUGGUAAAGAAAACUGAGAGGCUGAGUUAUGAAGAAUGCACAGGGUUGAGUAACAUUCUUGUGGAAUAUGACCGUGGGAGGUUGCAUGGACUGAAAGUUCUCUCUGUAAUUAACUGUGAGAACUUGAAAGAAUUGAUGAAUGCAAUAACAUGUGUUCCAGAUAUGCGUAUGCCUGUGUUUGAGAACUUGGAAGAGUUGUAUCUGGAAGAACUGGAUGACCUGAAGCAGUUAUGUGUUGGUGAGUUACCACCUGGAUCUCUCUGCAGUCUGAAAUUAUUGAAGGUCCAUCAGUGUCGUAACUUGGAGAAAGUACUGUUGCCAUCAAAUUUGUUGCAGAAACUACCAAAUUUGGAAAUACUAAACUGUGAGGAAAGUAAAGUGGAUCAUGUGUUUGAAUGUAAAGGAUUUGAGCCAGAUCAAACAAAACUGAGAGAGAUGGAGUUGCGAGAUCUAGAUUUAAUAAGAAGCAUAUGUAAUGGUCCUGCUCCACGCCGAAUGUUCCAGGCUCUAAAGCAAUUGGUAAUUCACAAUUGCAACUUCCAAGGAAGUCUCUUCACAUUUGAUGUAGCUCAGUGUCUUUUUCAAUUGGAAAGCCUUGUUGUAUCCGAAUGCCCUGUCUUGGAAAGAGUAAUCGAAGCAAAGAGGAAAACAUUGAACAACAACAAGACCGUUCUUCCACAAUUGAAGAACUUAUGUUUGCAAUAUCUUCCAAUGUUGUACAAGGGAAGUGCUACUGUUGAUUUUGUGUGUCCUUCAUUGGAAACCUUGCAUCUGAGGGACUGCCCCCACUUGUCAUUUCCACCCUCCUCUGCUUCUGACUACUUCCACAGCAGGAACCCAGUCAAUGAAGAUUGGAGUCUGUUUCUCCGAUUUAAAGUAAAGGCUUCAGUAUUUCGAAGAAAAAACAUGAAGAAAGCAAAUCUGAGUGAGAGGGCGCGGCCUCGCUCCAGAGGGAGAGAACACAUCAAGAAAGCAAAUCUGAGUGAGAGGGCGCGGCCUCUCUGAGUGAGAGGUCGCGGAGGGAGAGAACACAUGGAGAAAAAAAGUCGGAUUGAUAGGACGCGGACUCCCUCCGGAGGGAGAGAACGAGUUCUGGUUGGAAUUCAAAUACGGAACUGAAGCUUCCAGAAUCGACGACUCUCGAGCCAAUCACUCCUGAUUUGUCCUCACCCAUCCGAAUUUCAGGGAUUUUAUCAUUCUCGAACUUCCGGCGAAGCCCCCGCGCCACAGAAGCUGAAGAAAGAACCUACCGAUGACGAAAAGAGG